AUUUCUGAACGCAACUGUCAAUGUCAAAAAUAACAUAACCUAAAAAGUGAUAUUUAUUUUUAGUAAAGUUGAGUACAAGUUAGCAGUGAUUUAUUAUUGUACUUCACAUAAAAAUGAAUAGUUCUGUAAUAAAAAUUGCACAGCCACUUCUAAGUGCUAAAGGACAGUUAGCAUCAUGGUCUGCAGUGUCUUCUCAAAUCCAUACGUCGGCUGCUCUAUGCCGAGUGGUUUCUGGCAAAUACCGCAUUACGAAGAAGCGCGAUCGACCUCUGACUUAUGAAAUGGCUAACCCACCUCAUUACAUCGCUCACAGAAAAACCUGGAACUCUUGGAAUACAUCAAACCUUAAGGAUGGCCUUCGUCGAUCUGAGACAGCUGUAGAAGAUGAGUUCAUCCGCAGAUUCAUGACUGGUACAUGGCACGGACUCAUGUGUAGUGAGGUAAUAAUAAAACGUCAGUUCAACCACAUCAGAGUAGCAGCCAUUGUGAGGAGGGCAGUGUCCCCCACCAAAAUGUACUUCCUUCUAGGCUACACCGAGGAACUCCUGGCCAACUGGCUGCAAUGCCCUGUCACCCUGGAACUGCAGACUGUAGACAGCUUCCAAGAUGUUGUGUUCAAAUAUAUCUAAUUUAGUAAUAGCCUAUGUAGUUUAGGUUUGUUUAGAAUAAAUUGUUGUAAAUAUAAUCUU